GAACGCGCCUAAUCAUCAGACGGGUAUUUUGCAGACUUUGACAUGGGGUAUAAAUUGGCCGGAUUUUUAAGAUUAUAGACAAUAAAGAACUGCUUUCUGGACAUUUUUGCCAUUUGAAUAUUUAACUUUAUCGUGUUUAACGAAAAAAAUAUCUGAAUCAUUUAUACUUAUAUAUGUAUUAUUAAUACGGAUAUUUCAUUCAUUUUAAGGCUCUUGCCUUUUAUUAUUUACAAUUAUUAAAAAUUCAUCGAAAUAAACAAUAAGAAAUAAAAUGUUGUUACCAAUUAUCGUGGUGUGUGCAAUAAUUCACAAAGCGUCUGGGCAUGGAAUGAUGAUGGAUCCUGUCAGUCGGUCAAGCGCCUGGCGACUCGGAUUUCCAACACCCAAAAACUACGACGACAACGCUCUAUUCUGCGGUGGAUUUUCGACGAAGCAAGCCAAUGGCGGAAAAUGUGGAGUGUGUGGCGACCCCUGGGUCAGAGAAGGUGCACAGCGUGCAAACGAGGCUGGCGGAAUGUACGCCAAGGGAGUUAUAGUCAAAAAGUAUAAGAUGGGACAAACCAUCAAUAUAAAAAUCGACGUCACCGCCAAUCACUUCGGCUGGAUGGAGUAUAGAAUUUGUCCAAACAAUGACGUCCACAAAGCUGUCACACACGAAUGUCUGAACAAGCACGUGUUGCAGAGAGCAGACGGAACUGGAACAAAAACUUAUAUCAAGAGCAGGCGCACGGGCAUAUGGAACAUGGCCUACAAGUUACCCGAUGGAAUGACGUGCACUCAAUGUGUCAUUCAGUGGAAAUAUCAUGCAGGCAACAGUUGGGGCGUCGAUAAAGACACGGGCAGGGCUUGUAUUGGCUGUGGUGAUCAGGAGGAGUUUUAUGGAUGUGCAGAUGUUGCUAUAGAAGGUAACGGCGUAGCGCCUCAACAAGUCACACAAACACCGACUCCACAACCGACUCCACGACCGACACAAGCACCAACAGAGAGAGUUACAGAGAGGGUUACAGAGAGAGUUACACAGCCUCCAGUGGUUUUCACACAAGGGCCACCCAUAUUACCACUGGGUCCCAAGGUGCAGACCAACCAACCACCGGCCCAAACACCUGGAGAAUUUAUUGGGAUGAAGCUUCCAUGUAAAGGGACAAACAACUGGGCUAACGAUCCGGUCAUGGAUAAGUGGUGUACAGAUAACUGUGCUAUCGGCAACUGUCCAGCAUACGGAUGCGACUGCUCUGGUGGUGCUCAGAUUGUCACACAGAAGGCAACCGCCCCACCAACAACUCAGAGGCCUACGACUACGACAAAGGCAACAACGACAAAGGCAACAACGACCACACCAAAACCAACGACGAGCUCGGCUACGGCCACGACUACACAGAAACCCACGACUACCAGCACCAGCACUACGGCAAAGCCAAAUCAGCCAGUAACACAGUUGAUAAGUCGUACAGAAUGCAAGGGAAUAAAUAACUGGGCUAAUAAUGCAUAUCUCGACAGAGUGUGCGCAGACUCAUGCGCACGUGGAAAUUGUCCAGCAGAUUCGUGCAUGUGUACUGUGAUACAGAAAGUUGUUACUCAAUCCACAACAACCACACUUCUACCAGAGGUCACUCAACCAGCGAUCCAUACCAGAAAAGUCUGCCAUGCUAUAAGUUUCUGGAAAGGAAUCCAAGUUUUUGAUAUAUGGUGUAACGAGAACUGCAAUAAGGAUAAUGGUGACUGUCCAGCAGAUACCUGUGAAUGUACGGAAUCCACAGAACAACCAGUAACUUCAACAACAACUACAGCAACAAGAACAAAGAAACCGGAUGUGCAGUCACAAGGAAAGUGUUCGUCAAAAGUGGGCGGUGAUUACUGGGACGGGUGGUGUCGAGAUAGCUGUGCCAGGGGUUAUUGCGAAACUGAUUAUUGCUUGUGUAAUAUAUAGAAAAAUCCGGCUGGAAUGUCAGGAUCAUUUCCUUAGUCCAUGUUAUGAUAACAUGAUACGUAUUUUGGUAUAGACUUACUAUUGAUUGUCAAGUCGGCUGCCUGCCUUUGGCUAAAUGUGUCAGUAUCAUUUUUUUUCUAAUUUCCAUUCUUACGGAAAAUAUCUAGCGCUUUUAAUUUAAUAAAACGUAACAUUUAAUGUUUUAGACACUUUAAACUUAACAUAGCUUUGAUUUUGUCGUUACGGACAUUAUGAAAUUACAUGAACUUAAUAACAAUGAAUAUGAAUUAUGUACAUGGAAUUCAAAAGUAAAUAAGACGUAUCGCAUAUGUUUAUUCGAUUUAUUUCAGUAUUCUGUAUAAUAUUGUUGAGUCCCAAAAUGACUGUGUGCAUAUUCGAUGAGAGAUGUGAUUUACAGAAGACAGUUAAAAAGUCCGUCCGCAAUUGCUGAUGUCUUUCUUUUUAUCUUUCCCCUUUUAUCUGAAUAAAAUUAUUGUCUUAAAUCUUA